CAUAAUUGGUACCCCGGCCAAUCUCUCCCCGCUAACGCUAGGACAUAGGACAUAGGACAUCCUUGACUAAUCUCAAUUGCCAUUCCAUUUGUCGCAAACCUACUGCUUUCAACAACAACCGCCAUCCACGACCCAUCUCCCGAUUUGAUCGCUCAAGCUGUCGCGCCGGCCUACCGUCUCGAUAAUACUACGACAUCAUACUACAUACAUUCCAUCUACCGGCAAUUACCAUCAAGAUGGCUACUACAGGGCAGAACUUCUAUGAAUUGUACCGACGGAGCAGCGUCGGGGCCGCGUUGACAGAUACCCUCGACGAUCUCAUUACAGAGCACCGGAUAGAUCCCCAGCUCGCUAUGAAGAUCCUCGCGAACUUCGACCGCGCUAUCACGGAAGUGCUACAGGAGAAGGUCAAGGCUCGCCUGAGCUUCAAGGGGAGCCUGGAUACCUACCGAUUUUGCGACGAAGUCUGGACUUUCCAGCUCAAGAACGUUACGUUCAAGAUGGAGAAUGGUGGACAGGUGGUCUCAGCAGACAAAGUCAAAAUCGUGGCCUGCACUGCGAAGCCGACCGGUAAUACUGCAUAGACGGCAGUCCAUGCGUCUCUGAAUAGUUCUCUUAAUUUUCGUGACGGAAGGUGGUACUUGGUGCAUACCUCCACGCAUUGUUUUGGA